CGUGUGUUUGUGUGUGUGUAUGUGUGUUGGUGGAUGUGAGUACGGGGAAGCAGCGGCCGCCAUUUCAGAGAGCUUGCCGAAGCUGUCGCAGGGGUGGAUCCUGAGCUGCCGAAGCCGCCGUCUUGAACUUCCGCGCGGGCUCCUCUAAUCCCAUUGUUUUUUUUAGAUUCGCUCGGGCCUAUCCGCCCUUGGAGCCCGAAAUUCGGGCUGGGCGGUACCGCGGCCUGGGCCUAGCGGCUUAACAGUAGCAACAGCGGCGGCAGCAGCAGCCCCCUCUUUCCGAAUACAAGCACCCCAGGGGCCCGAAAGCCCGCACAGGCGUUUAGAGAAAAUGGCAGACGAUAUUGAUAUUGAAGCAAUGCUUGAGGCUCCUUACAAGAAGACUUGCCUAACGAUAUCUCACCUCUACUCCCAUGAAUUCACCUUUGAUUCCAGUGUGAACUGUCAAUCAUAAGGGCGAGAUGUGUGACAGAGGUGGCAUCAAGCUCUUACAGUCCCAACCCUCCAACGGAAAUGGGCGAAGAUCUCAGGAAUGGCAUCGGUCACAGGAAAUCGAUAGUGGCUGGCUGCUAGCAUGGCCACUUGGGGCUUAGGCAGAAAUAGAGCCAUGGUACUGACCAAAGGGACCAUAGCACAUGGAAUAAAACUCAAAACAGGACUUCAUUCAUGUUUUAUAGAAAUUCUAUUUAACCACUUCAACACUGUAAAUCUGGAUAACUUAAUAUCUAACUAUAUAAGAAAGUAAAAUUUAACAUGUUAAUGUGCAUUUUUAUUUUUGUAUCUCGAUGACUUAAUUGUAAGCAACAAAGUGGUUAAACACAUACCCAUCUAAAUUUUUUUAUAGCCUUCCAUGUUAAACUAUAAACAAGUUAUUAGUUUUAAAAUUGUUUUGUAUUUUCUUAUUCCUAUUCCCUUUACCCUUUGACAACUUGAAAUGUUACCACUUCGUCCUCAUGAUGUUCUUCUAUCAACCCUGCUUAGGAUGAGAACAAGUUGAGCAGUGCUAACGGCCAUGAAGAACGUAGCAAAAAACAAAGUUUCUGCCUCCUUGGAAAGCUCUACAUCUCCUUGUGAUUGGAGUGUGGGUUUCAAGAUUCCAGAAGGAGGAAAAAAAGCAAGAGCAGAAGUCGUAGUCAUGAACGAAAAAGAAGCAAAAGUAAGGAACGAAAACGAAGUAGAGAUAGAGAAAGGAAAAAGAGCAAAAGCCGUGAAAGGAAGCGAAGUAGGAGCAAAGAAAGGAGACGGAGCCGUUCAAGAAGUCGAGAUCGCAGAUUCAGAGGCCGCUACAGAAGUCCUUACAGACGACGCUCCCGAAGCAAAAGUCCAUUCAGAAAAGACAAGAGCCCUGUGAGGGAACCUAUUGAUAAUCUAACUCCUGAGGAAAGAGAUGCAAGGACAGUUUUCUGCAUGCAGCUGGCAGCAAGAAUUCGGCCAAGGGAUUUGGAAGAGUUUUUCUCUACAGUAGGAAAGGUUCGAGAUGUGAGAAUGAUUUCUGAUAGAAAUUCAAGACGUUCCAAAGGAAUUGCAUAUGUGGAGUUUGUUGAUGUUAGCUCAGUGCCUCUAGCAAUAGGAUUAACUGGCCAACGUGUUUUAGGAGUGCCAAUCAUAGUACAAGCAUCACAGGCAGAAAAAAACAGAGCUGCAGCAAUGGCAAACAAUCUACAAAAGGGAAGUGCUGGACCUAUGAGGCUUUAUGUGGGCUCAUUACACUUUAACAUAACUGAAGAUAUGCUUCGGGGAAUCUUUGAGCCUUUUGGAAGGAUUGAAAGUAUCCAACUCAUGAUGGAUAGUGAAACAGGUCGAUCUAAGGGAUAUGGAUUUAUUACGUUUUCCGAUUCAGAAUGUGCCAAGAAGGCUUUGGAACAACUUAAUGGAUUUGAGUUAGCAGGAAGACCAAUGAAAGUUGGUCAUGUUACUGAACGUACUGAUGCUUCCAGUGCUAGCUCAUUUUUGGACAGUGAUGAACUGGAAAGGACUGGAAUUGACUUGGGAACAACUGGUCGUCUCCAGUUAAUGGCAAGACUUGCAGAAGGUACAGGUUUGCAGAUUCCACCAGCAGCACAGCAGGCUCUACAAAUGAGUGGCUCUUUGGCAUUUGGUGCUGUGGCAGAAUUCUCUUUUGUUAUAGAUUUGCAAACAAGACUUUCUCAACAGACCGAAGCUUCAGCUUUAGCUGCAGCUGCCUCUGUUCAGCCUCUUGCAACACAGUGUUUCCAGCUUUCUAACAUGUUUAACCCUCAGACAGAAGAAGAGGUUGGAUGGGAUACAGAGAUUAAGGAUGAUGUGAUUGAAGAAUGUAAUAAACAUGGAGGAGUUAUUCAUAUUUAUGUUGACAAAAAUUCAGCUCAGGGCAACGUGUAUGUGAAGUGCCCAUCAAUUGCUGCAGCCAUUGCUGCUGUCAAUGCAUUGCAUGGCAGGUGGUUUGCUGGUAAAAUGAUAACAGCAGCAUAUGUACCUCUUCCAACUUAUCACAACCUCUUCCCUGAUUCUAUGACAGCAACACAACUACUGGUUCCAAGUAGACGAUGAAGGAAGAUAUAGUCCCUUAUGUACAUAGCUUUUUUUCUUUGAGAAUUCAUCUUGAGUUAUCUUUUAUUUAGAUAAAAAUAAAGAGGCAAGGGUCUACUGUCAUUUGUAUACAAUUCCUGUUACCUUGAAAAAAUAAAAAUGUCAACAGGAAUGCAGUGUGCUCAUUAUCCCUAACUAGCAAAUCCCACUGUAUACAAAGCUGUUCUCUUGUUCUGCCUUUUAAAUGUACAUGUAGAAAUUUACAUUAAGGAUCUAUAGGAAUAGCUCUAGGGGGGAACAAAUGUGCUUAAUGUAAAAAGGCAGACAGGGAUGUAAUUAUGUUUUUAAUGUUUCAGAAGCCUAACUUUUUACACAGCAGUUACAUUUCACGUUUCACUAAUGUUGAUACUCGGCUAAUGGUUUAUCAGAGGUUUCUCUGGAGUACACACUUAGUGUAUGGAAAAUCCAAGACAGCUAAAGGGCUGUUUGAUUAACAUCUCAUCUUGCAUUGUGAUCCAUUGGCAAGAAAAUUUUCAAGAUUACAUUUCUGGAUGGUAUCUUUUCAAUUAAUGUAUCUGUAAAAGUUUCUUUGUAAAUACUUUGUGUUCUGGUGUGUCUAAGAUUCCAAACAAAAUGAUCCCUGCAUUUCCUCAAGAUGUUUAGUGACAGUCUGGUAAGCAAAGCAGUCUGAGGAAGAAAUAGGAAAUGCAGAAAUAGGUUUUGUCUGGUUGCAUAUAAUCUUUGCUCUUUUUAAGCUCUGUGAGCUCUGAAAUAUAUUUUUGGGUUACUUCAGUGUGUUUGACAAGACAGCUUGAUAUUUCUAUCAAACAAAUGACUUUCAUAUUGCAACAACCUUUGUAAGAACCACUCAAAUAAAAUUCUCUUAAAAAGCCCA